AUGGAAAUGCUAAAAUUUGGUCCAUUAGUAUGUAACAAAUCAGAAAGCACAGUCGGGUUAAUAACUCCACAAUGGUUCUUCUCGAAGGACGAUCUUCUACGAUCGCCGAGUAUACAAGGAGGGAUUUCGUACGAAAAGGAGCAACAUUUACUACGACAGGCAGCAGCUUUCGUCCGGGUUCUGGCAGAAAGAAUGAACGACAUUCCAAACGCCACCAAAUUGUAGGUACUUGUUCAUUAAUUGUCAUCAAUUUGCUGCCAUUGGUUUAAAAUCAUCAUUUCAGAACCUCAUUGCCCAUAUCAGUCGCAAUAAUUCAAACACGGAGAUUCUUUUUGAUAAAUCGCCUCACAGAGUUUGACCCCAGGGUAAUUUUUGAUUAUUUUUUGUCUUUCUUUCUUAGGUGAUACAAAUUUCUUACAGAAAUAUAGGACUGCGUUUUAGGAUGUAGUCACGGCAGCAGCCUUCCUGGCCUCAAAGUCCGAAGAAUGCCCACGCAGGUUACAAGACUUUGUCCUUUGCUAUUACCGGCUCAAAGUGGAGAUUGACUGCCCAAAAGAAGACUGGGAUCGAAAUUCGCGGAUCGACAAGAAGUGCUACGAGCAAAUCGCCGCAUACAUUGUAUGGAUUGAAAACUUGAUUCUGCAGACCAUCGGUUUCGACCUGAAAGUGGACGUACCUCAUCCUUUUGUCCUCACAAUGUGCAAGAAAUUCUUCCCUAACGAGAAAGCACCUGCGGAAAUAGGCUACUGGCUAGCAACUGAUAGCCUGCAUAUGACUGAUUGGUCAGUGCGAUAUAAGCCAGAGACGGUAGCUUGCAUCGUCCUGUUUCUGAUGAUGCUAUGGAAGGAUGUGGAUAUCCCGAAUGUUGAAGUGGACAUCAAUGGGCAUAGACAAAGGGUACCUUUCUUCGAAGCGCGUUGUGAGCUCAGCUAUGACGACAUGUUAAGUAAGUUGCGGUCACCGAAGCUUCUCCGUUUUUUAAGAGUAUUAAACCAAUAUUAUUCAUUUUUCAGAUAUUCUUCACGAAUACACCGAAAUAUGGAAGGACAACCAAGCGAACCGCUUGCUAGCAGUUGAAAAAUUCCGUGACACAGAAAUCCGUUCGAGAAAAUUUGAGUCGCCGUCCUCACAAAGUGAUAGGGAGCCGGGUGAAAUAUGA